GCGUUGUAGUCCCUCCUGUACACGUGAACAUGGCGGCCUGCAUGGCAGAAGGUUCCAGGGCCUCCCUGAGCCUGGCCCGGACCUUCCUAGCGGCCAGGCCUUUGCUUGCUGCGCCCGUGUCUGUCGCCUGCCGUGUCCGCACGUGCCCGAGCCGGCCACAAAGCACUGGGCCUUCCGAGUCCCCCGCAUUCCAGCCACCGCGGAAGCCGGUCAUCGUGGACCCGCGCGGAACCCCGAGGGAGGAGAGGAGGUUCCUGAGUCCUGAAUUCAUCCCUCCAAGGGGAAGAACAAACCCUCUGAAAUUUCAAAUGGAAAGAAAAGAUAUGUUAGCCAGGAGAAAAGUGCUCCACAUUCCAGAGUUCUACGUUGGAAGCAUAUUGCGUGUCACCACAGCUGACCCCUAUGCCAGUGGAAAAACCAGCCAGUUCCUCGGGAUUUGUAUCCAAAGAUCAGGAAAAGGACUUGGGGCUACUUUUACCCUUAGAAACACAAUUGAGGGACAAGGUGUUGAGAUUUGCUUUGAACUAUAUAAUCCUCGAAUCCAUGAGAUCCAAGUGGUCAAGUUAGAGAAGCGGCUGGAUGACAGCCUGUUGUACUUGCGAGAUGCCCUCCCUGAGUACAGCACUUUUGAUGUGAAUAUGAAGCCAGUUGCUCAUGAGUCCUGCCAGGAAGUUCCUGUUAAUAAGCUGAAAGUUAAAAUGAAGCCAAAGCCCUGGUCCAAACGGUGGGAACGCCCAAACUUUAAUAUUAAAGGGAUCAGAUUUGAUCUUGUGUUAACUGAAGAGCAAAUGAAGGAAGCCCAGAAGUGGAGCCAGCCAUGGCUGGAGUUUGACAUGAUGAGAGAAUAUGACACUUCAAAAGUUGAAGCUGCAAUAUGGAAAGAAAUAGAAGACUCAAAGAGUUCCUGAUCUGGGGCUGUUGAGAUGGCUCUGUGGGUAAAGGCACUGAGUGCCAUCCCUGGAACCUAGGUUAGGAGAGAAGUGACUCCUGAAAAUUGUCCUCUGGCCUCUACAUGCACACCCUGGCACACAUGGACAUGUGUCCACACACAGACAAACAAUAAUAAAAAUAAUUUUUUAAAAUCCUGA